AUGAGUAGUGUCGAGAUUUUUUCAGCACCCUUCCACAUAUAUGCGUUUAUGCGUGCCAGGGCAAAAAUAAGUGAUAAUAUUUUUCAACCUUUUACAUCUAUCUAUCUAUCUAUCUAUCUAUCUAUCUAUCUAUCUAUCUCUGUUCUCUGUUCUUAUCUAUCUAUCUAUCUAUCUAUCUAUCUAUCUAUCUAUCUAUCUCUGUUCUCUGUUCUUAUCUAUCUAUCUAUUUCAGUCUGUUCAUAUCUAUCUAUCUAUCUAUCUAUCUAUCUAUCUAUCUAUCUAUCUAUCGCAUUCUCUCGAUUCCUCGAUUUCUCUCUGUCUGUCUGUCUGUCUCCUAUUCUAUCUAUCUAUCUAUCUAUCUAUCUAUCUAUCUAUCUAUCUAUCUAUCUAGAUACUUUCACCGCUCAAGCGGGAAAGUUACGGUCAACAUGUAGAUUUAUUUCUAUGACCACUAUCUAUCUAUCUAUCUAUCUAUCUAUCUAUCUAUCUAUCUAUCUAUCUAUCUAUGUACUUUAUAAAUAUUUCUAUGACCACUAUCUAUCUAUCUAUCUAUCUAUCUAUCUAUCUAUCUUCUUUCCUUUUUGUUCCUUGCAACCAAUUAUAAAGUCAACCAAUAAGUCUACAAAAUUCAAAAGACUUUAUAAAUAUUAUUUCUAUGACCUAUCUAUCUAUCUAUCUAUCUAUCUAUCUAUCUAUCUAUCUAUCUUUCCUUUUUGUUCCUUGCAACCAAUUAUAAAAGACUUUAUAAAUAUUUCUAUGACCACUAUCUAUCUAUCUAUCUAUCUAUCUAUCUAUCUUUCCUUUUUGUUCCUUGCAACCAAUUAUAAAAGACUUUAUAAAUAUUAUUUCUAUGACCACUAUCUAUCUAUCUAUCUAUCUAUCUAUCUUUCCUUUUUGUUCCUUGCAACCAAUUAUAAAGUCAACCAAUAA